UCACCCAGAGCCAGCCACUUCCCCUGGUCCCUGGGCUCUGGGCUGGUACAGGUGGGGGGCUACGUGUUGUUGGUGAUAGAGUGGAAGGGGCUCCUGACCCUGGGCAGAGGCAAAGACAGUAGAAAAGCUGGCCAGAGAAGGCCAGACCCAGCCUGCCUUAGCCCUGGUCCAGGGACUGGAGAGUGAGUGGGUCACAGGGCAGCCAUGGAACUGGGGAGCCAUGGUCCCUGGUUGCCCUGCUCUGUGCUCCUCCUCCUGCUGCUGCCCCCUCCACUGUGUAGAGCGAGAAGCUUCUUGUACUAUGGCCCCAGCUGGAGGAUCCCCCACCUUGGCCAGGCCUCCCGAUGGACCCACAACCGCCGUGGCCUAGUGCUACGGCACCACUGGCGCCAGCAGGCCAGCAAGUCCAACUGCCAGGGAGCCUUCGACCUCUACUUCAUCCUGGACAAGUCAGGCAGUGUGAACAACAACUGGAUUGACAUUUACUUGCUUGUGGAGAACCUCGUGAAGAGGCUCCAGGGCCCGAACGUGCGCAUGUCCUUCAUCACCUACUCCGACGAAGGUGAGACUGUGAUGCCGCUCACCGCAAACAAAAGAUACAUAGCUUAUGGUCUUAAGCUGCUUCAGAGAGUGACGCCUUUAGGAACAACAUUAAUGCAGGAAGGAUUUAAAAGGGCUAUCGAGCAGAUUAAAUCUGCCAACUCUGGAGCCACCAAGGUUCCCAGCAUGAUCAUCGCUUUGACUGAUGGGACACUGUAUCCAGAACCUUUUAAAGCGACUCAAGAGGAAGCUAACAAGGCUCGGAGCUUGGGGGCGACCGUUUACACUGUGGGUGUGUUGUCUUAUAAGAAAGAUCAGAUGUUGGCAGUUGCGGACAGCCCAGCUCAUAUGUAUGGGGUGGACAAUGGAUUCAAAGGCCUGCAAGACAUUGUUGAUCCACUCGCUUCAAAGACUUGUAUGGAAGUGACCUCUGUGGAGUCUUCUACUGUGUGUCCAGGAGACCCCAGUCAGGUGGUCAUUAAUGGACGUGGCUUUCAUAACACAAAGGGGAAGAGCCAAGUCAUCUGCAGAUUCAAGUUCCAUGACAAGUCAAUUGACAAGAAACCAACCAGCAUGGACAGCACAUCCAUAACCUGCCCUGGACCCAAGUUAGAGGCACCUGGAAUGAAGGCCUUGAUUGAAGUCAGCCUGGACAAUGGCAUCAGCUUUCUCCCCAGCAACGUCAGCAUCACCAGCAUCAACUGCAACACCCCACCCGUGGCCCCACCGGAGCCUAAGAAAACACGAGAGACGGUUUCCCCAGGAGAGUCUCGGGCCUCACCAGAGCCUGAGACCACAGGAGAACCUGAGAUCCCACCUGAGGGCACCUCUCCCCCAUGGGAAGAUACCAGCAUCCGACUCCCACUGGUGCCCAUCGGGCUGGGCCUACUGCUGUCCCUGCUGCUGCUAUGCUGUGUCUGGCGAUGGCGCAGGAGGAAGGAGUCAGAGAAGAAACCACCUCCAGAGCCACCACCGCUCCCUCCUCCAGCGCCACCUCCUCCACCACCGCCUCCUGCCUGCCCCACAGUGAUUCUGUGCUGCUGGGGGUGCCGAGGACCGUGCGGGUUGAGAGGGACCCAGGGCAGGUGCACCGGCCUCACACGCUGGGCACGGACACCCUGCGGCCCGAAGAUCUGCAUUCAACCCAGCCGGGAGGGCCUCUGCCUGGCACGGGCACCCUGCUGGUCCAACGUCUGCCUCCGACCCCAGCCAGAGUACCUGCCCCUCCCGCAGGCGCCCUGCUGGUCAAAUAUCAGCCUUCCAUCCAGACUGGAGUACCUCCCCAUCCCACAGGGACCCUGUGGCCCAAAGAUCUGCCUUCAGUUGCCCCCAGAGUACCUGCCCCUGCCACGGGCUCCCUGCAGGUCAGACUUCUGCCUCAGACCCAGCAGGCAGCGCGGCCUCCUCAGCAGCUACUUCCAGAGACACCCCCUCCCAAGCAGGUGCUCCAGGCCGCCCUCCAGGAUGCAGCUGCUGCUGCCUGCCUCUGCUGCCAGGGCCCUGUGCAGAACCCCUUUGUCACUCCCACCCCCGUAGCUCAGCCUUGCA